UUAAAUUCUUUAUAUGAGAGAAAACAGAUGUUUCACUUUCUCUAAUAUAUGUACAAGUACUAAUUGUUUAUUAAAUCAUUUUCAAUUGUAAAUAAAUACAAUUUUAGCAAGAAUUUUAAGCGCAAUUGAAGCAUUGCGCUCGUUAAUUAUUGCUAACAUUAAGGAAACAAAGCUACUACGUGCGGAUAUUGAAAAACUAAAGGCAAAAUAUGGACAUGACCCUGAAAGUACAAUGGAAUCCGUAUCUUGUGUUCAGAUCCUAGAAAUCCCUUGUCACACACUUGAUGAUUUACUAGCAUUUGAGGCUAAACUCCAAGACGAUUUGCCCACACUGUAUGCAUUUCAAAAUUUGAUGGAAAAAAUGCCAUAUAUUACUUUGCAAAAAUUCCUGAGUGGUUGUCUCAAAUAUUGUAUGGAUGACACAGUGGCUAAUAAGUGUUCAUGGGAGGGAAAAAACAACAAUUUGGCAGUUGGAGACUUUACGUUAUUGAAUGUGAUUCAAGAGUGCGCAAGAAAAAAAUUCCCAGAAGCAAGAUCAGCUGACAUUAAUGGUGCAAUGAGAAAAUGGUUCCAUUAUGCUAAGGAUCGUUGUCGAAGAAAAUUGACCAAGGACUCUGCUGCUUCAUAAUUUGGUAUACACAUAUGUGUUCUGAAACGGCACCUUUUGUUUGUUGCAGAAAAUGUUAUCUUAUAUUUUACUGCAUUAAUAAAUAAUAGUUAAUGGUUUAUAAAAUUAAUUUUCGAUACCACAUAAUACCUCCUAAAGAUAUGUUUUUUAAAGCAUAUACGCAAAUGAAGCUGGCGCUUGUACUAGUGUUUUUUUUUUAAACAAAUAAAAACUGCUUAUUUAGCACUUACAAAACAGUACAUGUAUAAAUAAUAUUCAAUUUCGUUUUUAAAUAAUUAGUUUCUCCAAUUUGCUUAUUUCAUGACGAACUGCAAUCAUCAACAAUUGUUUUAAUGUAAGAUAACUUAAGAUUUUAAGAUUCUACUGUGUUUAAAAUCGUUGAAUAGUUCAAAAAUUGAUUUAAUUACGGACGCACGUAUUUUUUUUAUAUGUAUUUACACUAUUCUAAACCUUUGAGCGUUAUAAAAAUAAUUAAUGUGUAAUUAAACUUAAAACAACUUAUUAUUAAU